CAGCUACAGUAGCUGAUAAUUAUUUUUAUGUUAUGGCCAAUAUUACACAUCUAAACUGUUUCGAUUUUUUUCUUUUUAAAUAGCAUUCCCAUUGUGAGCUCCAAUCUACAAUUUACAUGCUUUUAGUGAAAUCAGAGUUCACAUUAUAGACUAUUCUUUAUUGGGAUUGAUUAUUAAUUAACAUCCAAGAAAUAUCCCAUUGUUCAAAAGGUUGUUUAGAAUACUGCUGAUAUAUUGUGCAUAUAGACAGUGCAUUCUGGCCUUGCAUAUAAGGUCUAACAAACAUUCACAUUUCAUAAGGAAAUAUUUUGAAGUAAAACAAUCAUGAAAAAUGGGGGCAAAAACAAAAGUGUAUUAUGACUGUCACAAUUUGUCAAAUGUGAAAUGAAUGAAAAGUGUCAAUUGCAGCAUUAAAUUUACAGUAGAUUUGUUCACGAGUUCUUGUGAAUGUGCAUAACUUACAUUAGACUGAAAUCUAAUUGGACUGUUACAUGUACAUGUAAAUGUACUGUAGCAUUAAACUGUCAAAAACAUCAAUGCCAUGUCAGAUGCAUCUUAUGUUCCACCUUUGCACUGUAAAGAUAGCUUUUGUUGAUUUUGAUUGGUAACAGACAGUUUAAAAUAUUGUUAAAUUUAAAUUAACUGGUUAAAUUGAAGUAUUUUACAGUUGACAUAACAGAUACAUUUUAAAAAGUAAUUAUAAAAAUUACUCUUACAAAAGGUAAAAAUGCCCCGAAAAAGCAAUUGCAGGGUGCAAAUAUUGCCCCUUAAUGGAAAAGUUAAUUUCUGAUGCUGCUUCCAAUCCAGUUUUGAAUAGCCUAUUCUGUAUCUUUGCUUUAGACAUUCUGUGAUCUCCCCAAAAGGGGUUUAAGGAUAUUUGGACGCUUGUGUGAGGGGGUGGCUCAGCUUGUUGCCAAUUCCGACAGAGAACUUUGAGAACAUGUUGGAGAACUAACCCCAAAAUAAAACAGUGAUGUGUCUGCUGGUGAAGCAUCACUUGCAUCAAAUUAAUGAAACACCACAGAUGGUGCUAAUGAGUGUAGCCUAGGCCUACUUCUUUCCCCCAAGUCAGACACACACACACACACACACACACACACUCACUCACUCACUAGUGAAGAUAUCUCAUAUUAAGUGGCUUUCAUAUGGAGCUGAAAAUUUGGCCCUCAUACAAACCUCUUGAUAGCCUAUUUAAAACAAAAUCAUUUGGAUUAUUUUGAGGCUUUUAAGUAGUGACAGUCCUCUUCAAACAUCUUCACAUGUCAUUUUUAGACACGUUUCACUAGCCUAUAUGUAUGAGGAAAAUGUUCAAGAUUUUAACCUCACAAGUGUAGCAAAACCUGUAAACACUCACAAACACACUCACUCACAGCAUUUCAAAGGUGAACUCAAAAACUCCCAAACUGAACUUAGCUUUUUUUUGUUUGUUUGUUAUUGGCAGGGAGCUAGAUUUAAAUUUAAUCACGUGAACGUUAAAAGUAUUGACAUCUAAAAAGCUAUAAUCUUUGUAUGUUUCCUGUAAACACCGCAUAGAUCACACAGGGUCAUGUUGAAUUGCUUUUAUAGAGAAGCGCUUUUUAUAGGCAAGCUAGCGGUAUUCAGAAACCAAAUAAAUGAAUGAAUAACUAAAUAAUUAAAUAAAUGCCUGAUAACAAAUAAUACAUAACUGAAUAAAUAGGCUACCUGAGAUCAAAUAACGUUAGAGAUCACGUAUUUAUAUUAGUCAAAUGGUCAUGUAAUAUAUUUUUUCACGAGACCUUAGAAAUCACUGUCUCAUGUUAAAAUACGGUAGUGUUUAUGUUUGUAUCUGGCCGUGGUUUGAGUGCCAUUAAAGGUCUGUCGGUGGGAAGAUUCACCGCGUUUCCACCAUUACCUCAGCCCUUCGCGCCUCCCACUACCGUACCGAACCGGCCGGCCGCGCGUCACAGCUACGCAGGCAGACGGCGAGCCAAUGAGCGAGCAGCGGCUCACGCUCUGUACUCCGCUCCGCUCUCCGCCGCUCCAUUCAUUGGAAUCCGCGCUCAGCGAGUGCUGCUGCUUUCUGCCACCUGGAAUAGCACUGUGUCUCAAGAUGCUGCAAUACGAAGUGAAUGGGACCCCGGCCAGUCAGCUGUCCACACCCCAUUCUGCAAAAUCGCCCAGUCCAGCUCCCACCAGCCCGGGAAGCUUGAAGAAACGCAGGGGAUCCCAGCACAGUGGUUCCUCUCUGUCUCUGGCCUCUACCAAAGUCUGCAGUAUGGAUGAGGAGGAAGGGCCCAUUAGUGAUGCCGAGCCCUUGGAGGAGACGCCGAUACCCACAGUCCCGAGCUCCAUUUCAGAUCGGUACAAAGUGGGCCGAAUGAUCGGAGAUGGGAACUUUGCGGUGGUCCAUGAGUGUGUAGAGCACUCGACUGGCAGGGCGUACGCUCUGAAGAUCAUCAACAAAGGAAAAUGCAGAGGAAAGGAGCAUAUGAUCCAGAAUGAGGUGGCUAUCCUCAGAAGAGUGAAACAUCCAAACAUUGUGUUGCUGAUUGAGGAAAUGGACACUUACAGUGAACUCUACCUGGUCAUGGAGCUUGUUAAGGGAGGAGAUCUUUUUGAUGCCAUCACCUCCACAAACGGAUACACUGAGCGGGAUGCCAGUGGCAUGCUGUACAACCUGGCCAAUGCUAUCAAGUACUUACACAGCCUUAACAUCGUCCACAGGGACAUCAAGCCAGAGAACCUUUUGGUGUAUGAGCAUCAAGAUGGAAGCAAAUCCCUGAAGCUGGGCGACUUUGGCUUGGCGACUGUGGUAGACGGACCUCUGUACACUGUCUGUGGAACACCCACAUAUGUAGCACCAGAGAUUAUCGCAGAGACCGGGUAUGGCCUUAAGGUAGAUAUCUGGGCCGCUGGAGUCAUCACAUAUAUUCUCCUCUGUGGCUUUCCUCCAUUUCGUGGGAGCACUGAUGAUCAAGAAGCUCUGUUUGACCAGAUACUGCUGGGACAGUUAGAAUUCCCUCUUCCGUACUGGGACAAUGUAUCAGACUCAGCCAAAGAGCUGAUAGUGUCUAUGCUGCAGGUGGAAGUGGAUCAGAGAUACACAGCGCUGCAGGUGCUGGAACAUCCCUGGGUCACUAAUGACGGUCUGUCAGAAAACGAGCACCAGCUGUCAGUGGCAGGAAAGAUCAAGAAGCACUUUAACACUGGGCCCAAGCCCAGCAACAACACCCCGGGAGUGUCUGUGAUGACGACCACCGCUCUUGAUAAGGAGAGGCAGAUUCUCAGACGAAGAUGCCACCAGAAUGUGAGCGCAGCUCCCUGGAGCACCCAGCCGACCUGUAGCCUCCACAUCCCAGCCUUUACUCCAAGUCUGUGCCCUGGUCUGCACCUCGACCCCCUGUCCCAGCCGCCCAGCGGACUCCCCGCUCCAGCCCUCAUCCCCGGUCCAUGUCCCUCUACCACCACCGCCAACACCACGCCCGAGUCUGAAGACUUUUCCGCCUGCUCCACGGAGACUGUUCGCUCCCUCUUCUCCCCUUUCUAGCAUCGAAAGGGAAGGGAACGAGUGGAAAGGGCACUAAAAGAGAAGAAGGGUUUAUGAGGAUUCGGAACGCGGCCGAGUGGACCGAUGAACUGAACCAUUUUGUAAUCUGAUCACAUAAAGGUGCAGGGAAAAUGAUGACCGUCAAGAAGGGGGUUUCUUGUUUAUUUAUGGUCAUUAUAAUAACUUUUAUUUAUACAUAAUAAAUACAUUUUCUUUUUUAUUCAAGUUCAAAAAUGUCUUUUUCUUUUGAAGCACCUUAGAAAUGUGAUGUUUUUAUGGGUCCGGUACUGUUCAUAUGUUUCAGAAGGAAACUGUAAGGACUUUUAGCUAAUUUGAUUCCUGGUAAUUAGUACCCUUUGAUCCCAAAAAACCUUUCUAAGCAGACAGAAAGUGAUUUGAAUUGCCGAUACCUCUUCAGAGAUAAACUCGUAUGCGGAUUUUCUCUCUAUAGUGGUCGCACAGCGCUUGUUCAUAUGUGAGAUGGGGACCUUUUUUGUAAUCAGUGUAAAUAAUAUAAUUUCAAUUAUUUUGAUAUUGACAAUAUAUUUCUUUAUCUUAACUAGACAACGUAAGUCACAUUUAACCAUUUUUGCAGUUUUUAGGUAUAUGGAACAUAAGCACAAAUGCAUUGUGGAAAAGAAAUAAGCAACAUUCCUUAAUACAGGGUCAGCUCUUGGAAAUACAAAUGCCAACGGCUCGGUCUUAUGAAUGCAGGACAUUGAUUCAGUGGUACCUCUGUGUCAUGAGAAGCGCUGCUGUUAGUGUCAGGAGGUCAGAUUGGGAUUGAGUGUUUCUGAAGUGCAGUAAGAGGUGUACUAGUAACUCAUACCCCUGCUUACUGUGUCAUUGUAUUCUCUCAUUAGUGCAUGGAAUACAGAGUGGCUCUUACAUUAUAAUUCGAGACGUUAUCUUAUUAAAAAAUAUAUUAUAACCUCAUUUUAUUGUUGCUUAUUGAUGCUGACUGACCCAGGUUUUCCAUUUAUCACUUGAGAAUUGAAUUACCACCAGACCAGCAAUCACCUCACUAGUGGCAAUAAACAAACAAAAAAAAAACAAGACCAAACACCUCAAAAGCUAUUAGCUUAAUAGUUUGACAAACAUAACAUGACAGGAACUUGAUAUAAAGUAAACAUUUCAACAAACUGUAAACACAAUAGAUAUUAUGUAGUUUUUCAGACAUUUCAACAAGAGCCAAUC